UUCAUUCAACAGAUCAGCGCUGAAACUGAGCAGAGCCACAGAUGAGAGGCGUCUGCGAGAGCCAAACUACUGAUUUAACGCUCAUCCGCUUCCCUGCUGCCGUCCUGAUACACAGGAAUAUGAAAAAAUGGUAGUAAAAACCAGAAAACCAAGUGCCAAGGAGCAGAGCAGCGAGAAAGACAGGAGUCAAUCAGUGUCGGGGAAAUGCAGGCGCGGAAAAGAUGCGAAAGGCUCGGCUUUUCAGAGUAAAAACGGACUCUUUGCGGGGUUUAUUAGAAACAGGCUGGGGUUGAGCCCCUCCGCUUUUGUAAGAGGAAUAACAGUGCUGAUUCUCGCUGUUGUUGCAGGUUUUUUUCAUUGGUAUCAUCUCUCACAUCUGUUUGAAAAUGACAGACAUUUUUCACACAUGUCUACUUUGGAGAAGGAAAUGGCUUUUCGAACAGAGAUGGGACUGUAUUACUCAUAUUUCAAGACGAUCAUCGAGGCUCCGUCCUUUAUGGAUGGUCUUUACAUGAUCAUGAAUGACCGUCUCACUGAAUAUCCGCUGGUCAUCAAUACCCUAAAGAGGUUCAACUUGUACCCCGAGGUGGUCCUGGCCAGCUGGUACAGAGCAUACAGCAGCACAAUGAACUUCUUUGGGUUCCCCACCAAGUUAUGUUGGACCAUCAACAGAGGAGAGGGUCUGGAUCCAGUGGAGAGUUGUGAAGGUCUGGGAGAUCCUGCAUACUUCUAUGUCACUUUUGUGUUCCUGUUAAAUGGGGCUAUGAUGAGCCUUUUCUUCAUUUAUGGAACAUAUCUUAGUGGAAGUCGAUUGGGCGGCACUGUGACAGUUCUGUGUUUCUUCUUUAACCAUGGAGAGAGUACUCGGGUCAUGUGGACGCCACCUUUGAGAGAGAGCUUCUCUUACCCCUUUCUGGUUCUUCAGAUGCUUCUGCUUACAUACAUCCUUCGGACAAAGAACCCAAGUAAGAAUACCAUGAUGGCUCUGGGGAUCUCCAAUGUUUUCUUUAUGCUGCCCUGGCAGUUUGCUCAGUUUGUCUUACUUACUCAGGUUGCUUCUCUUUUUGCUUCAUAUAUCCUGGGAUAUCUGAGUCCAGCAAAAAUGCAGUCCAUUUUAGUGACACACAUGGUCUCAUUGGCCGUCUGUUUUCUUCUGAUGUUCGGGAACUCAAUGCUUCUGACGUCUUUCUAUGCCUCUUCGCUGGUCUCCAUCUGGGGGGUUAUUGCACUCAGGGACCGUCUGGUUGGUACAUUCAGACCCGGGCUCAUCACGUGGGUCACGCAGUGCUUUGCAUGGGUGGUUUCCACUGUUAUUCUGAAGUUCAUGCUGUCUGUGGUCCUCGGAGCGUCAGAUGAUGCCCACAUUAGCAGUCUGAUCAAAUCCAAGUUCACAAGCUACAAAGACUUCGACACGAUGAUGUACACAUGUGCGGCCGAGUUUGACUUCAUCGAAGCAGAUACUCCUAUCCGGUACAUCAAGACCAUGCUGCUUCCAAUUAAUGUGCUGAUUGUGGCUUUUAUUGCUGGAAGGACCAUACAGGACGUUAUUGUGUUCCUCAGAAAUGAGAAGACCGAAAAGUCAGAGGAUGAUGAAACAGAGCAGUCCCAUCUUUUGGCGAAGGGAGUGCUGGUUUAUCACAGUCUGCAGCUGGUGGCGUUUGCGUUGUUGGCUGUGCUCAUCAUGAGACUGAAGCUCUUCCUCACUCCUCACAUGUGCAUCAUGUCCUGCUUGAUCUGCUCCAGACAGCUGUUUGGCUGGAUUGGUGAGAAGCUCAAACUUCAGAUGACUGUCGUGGGAAUAUUGUCUAUCAUGGCAGCGCAAGGAGUGGUGAAUCUGCAGAGUCAAUGGAGCAUCAUUGGAGAGUUCAGCAACUACCCUCAAGAAGAGCUCCUGGAGUGGAUCAAGGACAGCACCAGCCCUACUGCUGUGUUUGCUGGCGCGAUGCCAACUAUGGCGAGUGUGAAACUGUCCACAGGAAGAGCCAUAGUGAAUCACCCUCACUAUGAAGAUGCAGGAUUGAGAGCGAGAACCAAGAUGGUGUAUGCCAUGUACAGUCGAAAGCCUGCUGAAGAAGUCAAGCGAAACUUAAUAAAGCUGCAGGCAGACUAUUUCAUCUUGGAGGACUCGUGGUGCACCAGACGCUCCAAGCCAGGCUGCAGUAUGCCUGAGAUCUGGGAUGUGGAGGAUGCAGAAAACGCUGGAAAAGUGCCCCUCUGCACACUCAUGUCUAGGGAUUCCCGUCCUCACUUCUCCACAGUCUUUCACAACAACAUUUACAAAGUCCUUCGAGUUCCCAAAACAGCGAGAGACGUGAGAUAACAGCAGUUUGCCUCUGCUUUUCUUUAUAGGUACACGACGCUGAGUAUUUUUGUAAAGGUCAGUUGUGUUUUUCUGGUGUUUGUUUUGUUUUGAUAAGCUGUACGUGAUGUUUAAUCUGAUCAGUAUUGAAUCACACCUUCUUUUUCUCUGUAUUUAUUUUAUCGGGAUGACUGUGACCAAAGUUUUUUUUUUUUUUGAUCCAUCUGUGGUGCUGCUGUUUGGUCCAGAGUAGCGUUUACUAAAUCAUUUCACUUUCUGACCAUUAAAGUAUUUCAUUCAAACACAUACAGUGCAUCUGGAAAGUAUUCAUAGCGCUUUACUUUUUCCACAGUUUUUUAUGUUACAGCUUUUUUCCAAAAUGAGUUAAAUUCAUUUAUUUCCUCAAAUUCUGCACACAAUAUCCCAUAAUGACAAUGUGAAAAAAGAGUUUUUUAAACUGUUGCAAAUUGAUAAAAAAUAAAAAGCCUGAAAAAUUACAUGUACAUGAGUAUUUACAACCUCAAUACUUUGUUGAUGCACCUUUGGCAGCAAUUACAGCCUCAAGUCUUUUUGAAUAUGAUGCCAAAAGCUUGGCACAUCUGUCUUUGAGGAUUUUUGCCCAUUCCUCUUUGCAGUACCUCUCAAGCUCUAUCAGGUUGGAUGGGAAGGUGUACGGCCAUUUUCAGAUCUCUCCAGAGAUGUUCAAUAGGAUUUAGGUUUGGGCUCUGGCUGGGCCACUCAAGGACAUUCACCGAGUUGUUGUGAAGCCACUCCAUUGAUAUUUUGGUGGUGUGCUUUGGGUCAUUGUCCUGCUGGAAGAUGAACCGUCGCCCCAGUCUGAGGUCAAGAGCACUCUGAAGCAGGUUUUCAUUCAGGAUGUCUCUGUACAUUGCUGCAUUCAUCUUUCCCUCUAUCCUGACUAGUCUUCCGGUUCCUGCUGCUGAAAAACAUCCCCACAGCAUGAUGCUGCCACCACCAUGCUUCACUGUAGGGAUGGUAUUAGCCUGGUGAUGAGUGGUGCCUGGUUUUCUCCAAACGUAACUCCUGGCAUUCACUCCAAAGAGUUCAAUUUUAGUCUCAUCAGAGCAGAGAAUUUAGUUUCUUAUGGUCUGAGAGUCCUUAAGAUGCCUUUUGGCAAGUUCCAGGCAAGGAGUGGCUUCCUUCUGGCCACUCUACCCUACAGGCCUGAUUGGUGGAUUGCUGCUCAGAUGGUUGUCUUUCUGUAAGGUUCUCCUCUCUCCACAUAAGAACACUGGAGCUCAGACAGAGUGACCAUCGGGUUAUUGAUCACCUCCCUGACUAAGACCCUUCUCCCCGAUCAAUCAGCUUAGAUGACCGGCCAGCUCUAGGAAGAGUCCAGUGUAGUGCUUCACGGCAAAAGCUGUGAAUACUCAUGUACAUGUGAUUUUUCAGGCUUUUUAUUUUUUAUAAAUUUGCAACUAUUACAAAAACUCUU